AUGUAUCAAAAUACCCGGGUCCAUACGGUAAUGUGCUUUACAGUGUCCCGUGAUGCAUCAUAUAAUGCUUUACCGGCUACAGCGAUGCAUCAGACAGAGGACUUGUGUGAGUUGCUGGAACCAGACAAAAAUGGAGGUGACAACAGCGAGGACGAGCACUCUCCAUUGGAAAGCUCUACAAGGAAUGGUGGCCCGGGGACUAGUAGCGAUGAUGAAAGCAUAGCGACGGAUGCAUCUGAUUCACAAGACGAAGACGACCUUAGCUUCACACUCCCUAACCGGCGACACAUCGCAAGUGCCGGUGUCGAUCAGCAGGCCGUCGCACGCGUUUUCUUCGAGCUUGAAAGAGCAGCCCCCAAGAUGCAAGAGCUAAGCCAGUAUCUCAGCAAUGUUCCAGCACUUAUUAGAACAGAAGAUGUGGAACGCGCGGCUGGAUUCCAAGACAAGCUUCUCAUGCUCACUCGUCAGCUAUCAAGAUUGUUGAUCAGCCAUGAUCAUCGCAUCGAUUCUCUGCAAGUAGCAACCCCAGGUGCUCUGGAUUCCAUGCUGCAAGAUCGACCAAAGACGCCGCUGCCAACGCAAUGCAAGCGACGAGCAGGGACUGACUCCCUCCUUGGUGCAUCUCCAGAGAAAACUCAAAGACGAAAAGAUUCACACGCACCACAUUAG